AUGCGAGAACGCGGCCAGGACAGCCUGGCAGGACUCGUGCUGUAUGUAGGACUCUUCGGACACCCCGGGAUGCUGCACAGGGCCAAGUACAGCCGCUUUCGGAACGAGUCCAGCACGUCCUUGGACGAGGGCAGCCCCGGAGGCUCGGGCGGGAACAAGAGCUCACAGCAGCCUCCCUACCCCACCCUGGCCCCUCACCUGCCGGCUGAAGAUGCCACCUUGGCAUCCCAGGAGAGCCCCACCCCACUGUGCACCCUGAUCCCCCGCAUGGCGAGCAUGAAGCUGGCCAACCCAGCCACUUUGCUGAGUCUAAAAAACUUCUGCCUGGGUACCAAAGAGGUGCCGCGGCUGAAGCUCCAGGAAAGCCAGGACCCGGCACCCAGCAGCCCCGCUUCCCCCGAAACCAGCCUAAAUAGGGUUGAGUCGGCACCUUCACUGCAGCCAGACCCGGUGGGGCACAGGGCAAACGCCUCAAGCCCCGACCGGUGCCCCCUUCCCCGCCCUGGGGAGCCGCCCCCCAGGAGCAGGCCGGACAGACACUUCCUGCAGCACCUGUUGGGGAUAGGCAUGAACUACUGUGUGAGGUACAUGGGCUGUAUUGAAGUGCUGCAAUCAAUGAGGUCAUUGGAUUUUGGAAUGAGAACCCAAGUUACAAGGGAAGCAAUAAGUCGCCUGUGUGAAGCUGUCCCUGGGGCAAAUGGAGCCAUUAAAAAGAGAAAGCCUCCAGUUAAGUGCCUAUCAACAGUCCUUGGCAAAAGUAAUCUUCAGUUUUCGGGAAUGAACAUAAAACUGACCAUCUCAACAUGCAGCCUUGUAUUGAUGAAUCUUGACAACCAACAGAUUAUUGCAAAUCAUCAUAUGCAGUCUAUUUCAUUUGCCUCUGGAGGGGAUCCUGAUACCACAGACUAUGUUGCCUACGUAGCUAAAGAUCCAGUUAAUCAACGAGCCUGUCACAUAUUGGAGUGCCGCAAUGGAAUGGCCCAAGACGUCAUAAGUACCAUAGGGCAGGCUUUUGAACUUCGGUUUAAACAGUACUUGAAAAACCCUUCCCUGAAUACUUCUUGCGAAAGGGAGGAGGAGGUGCACGUUGACUGCCCUGCUGAGGAGAGAGAAGAUCACGAGUAUUACAACGAAAUUCCAGGGAAGCAGCCACCUGCAGGUGGUGUUUCAGAUGUGCGGAUCAAAGUUCAAGCCACAGAAAAAAUGUCGUACUGCCCCUUACGGUGUGAAAAAUUGUGUUAUUUGCCUGGAAACUCCAAGCAUAGCAGCGUAUACGAGAACUGUUUAGAGCAAAACAAGGCGACAGGUAAUGCCCAUGAGAGAGGGGUGCAGGCCCAGCGAGACGCCUCAUCAGUGAAGCACACUACGUGUCGAGCGGAUCUCUUCGACGACCCCUGCUACAUUAACACGCAGGCCCUGCAAAGUAUACUUGGCUCUACUCGAAAUCAAAGCUCAGCUCAACCCCUGGGGAGCCCGUGGCACUAUGGAAAGCCACCAGAAACAGUCCAGCCAGGUGCCACAGCCCAGACUGCCAGCUCACAUUCUUUGCCACACAUAGAGCAGCAGCUGCGGAAUGAAGAGUGCUACCAUGGCAAGCUGAGCAGGAAAGCAGCAGAGAGCCUCUUGGUAAAGGACGGGGACUUUUUGGUUCGAGAGAGUACAACAUCCCCUGGCCAAUUUGUGCUGAGUGGACUACAGGGAGGACAGGCAAAACAUCUUCUCCUAGUGGAUCCUGAAGGCAAGGUGAGGACUAAGGAUCAUGUGUUUGAUAAUGUCGGCCAUCUUAUCAGAUACCAUAUGGAUAAUAGUUUGCCAAUCAUCUCUUCUGGAAGGGAAGUAAACCUUAAACAACCAGUGAGAAAAGAUCAUAAUCUGGGACUUUUGCGUUCCAACAAAUGA